AUGCUGGGAAUGAGGCCCCGCAGCCCCAGCGUCGACCCCGAGCCCUGCUGGCCACCGCAGCCACAAGGACCCAGCCCUGCCAAGCGCCGCCGCCUCCACGAGCCCGCCCGCCACGAGCCCCUGGCGCCGCCAGACAUGGAAGCGCCCGCCGGACCCGCCAGCGACGCGCUCACCUCGGUGGUGUUCCUGGCCCCUGGCUGCGCCAUGCAACUGCAGCUGGAAGACGUCGAGCUGCUGCUGGAGCCAGAGCCCACCUCGGUCCUGCAAGUGUCGCUCCCUGGACACACCUUAAUCCUCGUCCCCGAGAGCCUCCACGCCUCGGUCCAUCUUGGACAGCCUGGGUUCUCGUCCGCCAGCCCGCAGGGGGCCACUCUCCUUGACGUGUUCCAGGACCAGCAGGGAUCCUUCGGUGCGUCCGUAUCAGACAUCUUUGGUUUGGAAGACGCCUAUGACCAGGAAGAUCCUGAACCAGGCUUCCUGUCACCCUGGAUGGAUGCUUCAGCUAGUCAGGUCGCUGGGCUUCAUCUCUCCUCCACAAGAGUAUACAGUCCUUGGCCUCAGGACCCAGUAGCAGAGCCAUGGCCUCUGGUGCUUUCCACUAGGGCCAAGAGAUAUUCUCCGAGGUCCAUCUGGGACCUGGGCAGCUACCUGCUGGGACCCUUCCCCAGCUCACCACUUCAGCCCCUGCCUCCAUCUCCUCCUCCAAGUCCUCAAGAGCAGCACCUUCCAUGCCCUCCACGGCCCCUGUGCAAGGCCCGGAGGCGACUGUUCUGUGAAUGA